UUGGAACCAGGGGCCCCGCCUACCUGACGCCCUGGACCGGGCGGACCGCAUGGGGCGAGCACUUCCGCUGGUCUCAAGCACUUCCGGCCCUGUGGGACCAAUGAGAGCAAGGCCGCGGUGUUCCCUGCGCUGGCGUCCGGGCCGCGGUUGUCUCCUGGAGGACUAGGGCCGUUUGGCCUUCAAGGCCUGACAGCGUCGGUGUCAGAGGGUUGCAUGUGGGUAAGCAGCCCCACCGUCUCCCCAUGGACUCAUCCAAGAAGACGGAGGUGGUUCUCUUGGCCUGCGGCUCUUUCAACCCAAUCACCAACAUGCAUCUCAGGCUGUUCGAGCUGGCCAAAGACUAUAUGAAUGCUACAGGAAAAUACUGCGUUAUCAAAGGCAUCAUCUCACCGGUGGGAGAUGCGUACAAGAAGAAAGGGCUCAUCCCCGCCCACCACCGAAUCAUCAUGGCAGAACUUGCCACCAAGAACUCACACUGGGUGGAAGUAGACACGUGGGAAAGCCUUCAGAAGGAGUGGGUGGAGACCGUAAAGGUGCUCAGACACCAUCAGGAGAAGCUGGCAACUGGCAGCUGCAAUUACCCACAAGGCUCGCCUGCGCUGGAAAGGCCUGGGCGGAAGAGGAAGUGGGCUGAUCACAAGCAAGAUUCUAGCCCCCAGAACCCCCCAGAGCCCAAACCAACAGGUGUGCCCAGGGUGAAACUGCUGUGUGGGGCAGAUUUACUGGAGUCUUUCAGCGUGCCCAACUUGUGGAAGAUGGAGGACAUCACACAAAUUGUGGCCAACUUUGGGCUCAUCUGUAUCACUCGGGCUGGCAGUGAUGCUCAGAAAUUCAUCUAUGAGUCCGACGUGCUUUGGAGACAUCAAAGCAACAUCCACCUGGUGACCGAGUGGAUCACCAAUGACAUCUCAUCCACCAAGAUCCGGAGGGCGCUCAGGAGAGGCCAGAGCAUCCGCUACCUGGUACCGGACCUUGUCCAAGAGUACAUCGAGGAGCAUGACUUGUACAACUCCGAGAGUGAAGACAGGAAUGCUGGGGUCAUCCUGGCUCCUCUGCAGAGGAACACCACAGAGGCUAAGCACAAUUCCACACUAUGAGACUGCACACGGGCGUCAGACGCUCUUCAGGAGACUCAAAACCACUUGGUGUUAGUAACUCAGGGAAGGACUUGCCAUCCUGUUUCAUAAACUGAAAUUUAAAGGUUCAAUUAAAAAAAAAAAAAAAAACAGGGAAUUAAGAUCAGUGACUGAGAUAAAUGUUGUAAAUAAGACCAUUACAAAAAGAAUGUAAUUCACCUUUAAAAUAACAGCUCAUUCACUAAAAUGGAAUGUUAAUGAUGCUAACCCUAAAUAAUUUUUUCAAGAAAGGACCCCAUGCUCUACCACACAAGAGGAGUAAAUGUGAAAAGCAAGUCUGUUCAGAAGCCACACUUUAGGGGCCAGAGAGAUGGUUCCGAGGUUAAGAGCAUGGAUGCCCUUCCAGAGUAUAGAGAUUCAGCUCCCAGCACUGCAUGACAGCUCACAACUGUCUGUAACUCCAGUUUCAGGGCAUCUGACACCCCUCCCCCGUCCUCUGUGGGCUCUGGGCCACAUACGGUGCAUAGACAUACAAUACAUACAGGCAAAAGCUACACACACACCACACAUCCACCCACACACCGACCCCCACACACCAGACACUCACACACACACACACACACCCCACACACCCCAGAGAGAAAAAGAAAGAAGAGCCUCGCUUUAGCCAGGUUCAGUGAUGGCCACCUGCACCCCAACUGCACCAGGAGCUGAGGCAGGAGAAUCACUUUGAACCCAGGAGUCAGAGAUGACCCUAGACAGCAUGGAUCCUUUCUAAAAAACAAGACAAAACAAACAGAAUCCUAGCUUUAGUUAUGAAGAGAACUGUUCGUGCUUGGUGCAGCCAUCUUUAUCCAGAAUAGACAAAGGCAGAUCCUGGGGACUCAUUGGCCAGGCAGUCUAACCAAAGGAAGGAAUUCUUUAAAACAUGACGUUGGCUGGGCAUGUGGCUCAGUUGGGAGAGCAUUGGCCUAGAAGGCCUGAGCCCUGGGCUAGAUCCCCAGAAGCACAUAAACUAGGCAUGGCAGUGCACACCUGGGAUCCCGGUGCUUGGAAGAUACAAGCAGAAGGAUCAAGGGCUCCAGAUUAUCCUUGACAAUCCGAAAGUUUGAAGCCCUCAGGGGACGCUGAAGACUCUGUGUCUAAAUUAAACGAAUAAAUAAAUGAUCCUGUAAAAUGCA